AUGUACCACCUCCCGUCGUCACCGACCAUCCGUGUGCUGGACCGCUUCAGCACGCUGCCCGAUGAAUACGCAGACGACGACCAGCUGGUGUCCUUCUGGCCUCUCCUCAGCGCCAUCCUCCUCCGCCCCGUAUCGACAACCAAGGACGUUGUCGACGCACUGGAAGAGAUUGCCCAUGUGCUGCGCCAAUCCACAGGUCCUGCGGGAGACUAUGGCACGCUUUCUAAGGUCCUCAACGCGCUCACAUUCAUUGACUUCCCUCCCGGUCCUCACCCAGGGAUGACGCUCCGCCUGUCCCGCUCCCAAGCGGCAUGCCUCGUCGCCCACCAGUUUCUCACCUCCCUCGCCUCGCCACGGGAUCGCAGCGAGUACUAUGACUUUGGGAUCUGGUACGACUCUGAACAGCCCCACCCUCGUGCAGCGGAAAUGUACAUCACGGCCAUGUGCGUCUUCUUUGCAGACCUGCCGGACAUCAACAUUCUUGAAGAGUACGCCACACGAGACCUCGAGAUGGGCGGUGGUGUGAGCUAUGUCCUAGCGUCGGCACCAGCACGGAGCGUCGGGAACACGCCAAUGUCUCCCUUCCGCGUCCUGCACAACGACGUGCACGUCACUGGCCCGCAUUCCCCGUCUUCCAUGGACCCAAAUGGCGCCCUCGUCGUGGCCGCCAACAAGGUCAUUGGCUUUGGCAAGUCUGCGACCGGCGAAGAAGUCACGCUGGGCACCACGCCCGAGGCCUGCCCCGCCGUCCUGGUCACGCCUGUCCUGACCGGUGACCAAGUGGUCGUCAUUACUGGCGCGUCCCCCGUGCUUCGCGUCACCGGUGAACGGCGGAACGUGGCGUGGGAGAUCCCAGACACCCGUACUGCCUCCGCCGACUUUGACGCGUGGCGGAUGCACCGGGCAGGAGGGCCACUGCUCCUCAUGGACGCUCUCGAGCUCGACGAACACGUCUCGGAGCUUGGCCAGGUCCCCGACCUUGUGCCGGAGAACAUUGAGCGCGAGGUGCACAAGGCCACGACAUCGUUUAUGGCAACAGCUGCGACCACGGUGUAUACUCCUCUAUGGGGGUGUGGUGCAUUCUGCGGGGACCCGGCAGUCAAGAUGUGCCUGCUGUGGCUGGCAGCGAGCAUGGCGAGCGUGGAGCUUGUGCUGCUGCUCGACGCGAGGGGCCAGGCGUUGGCGGAUGAACUGGAGCCAUUCGUGCGUCGGUGGCAAGAGAAGACUGCUGCAGAGUUACGACAGUGGUUGGGCCGUGUGCCCAGAACGUUGCGCGGAGGGCAGGUUCUCGCAUACAUUGACACAUAG